GAGGUUGGGCUUGCCCAUUCCACUUUCUGACUGGAUGACAACAUGCAACUGUGGUGCCUCCCUGGACAGCAGUGGGUACCAUCUGCUAACAUGCAAAACCGGUGGAGGGCCAGUUUGGUCGCACGAAUCGCUUGCAUCAGUCUGGUCUGAUUGCCUGCGGGAGCUGCACAUCCAUCAUCGAAGGGAACCGAGGCAUCGGUAUGCCAAUUCCAAUGACCGGCCAGACAUUGUAGCCUUCGACUCAGACUCUGGGUGCAAUGUGGAUCUGGACAUAGCUCUAGCACACCCAUGGAGCUCGGACAUCUUCCCUAGAUCUUCGGAAACAGAUGGCGCCGCUGCUGAGAGAAGAGAGGAGAGAAAAAAGUCAAAAUACGAGAAGGAAUGUCUACCAGGUGGAACUGCUGUCAGUCUCAUUCCUCUGGUUAUGGAGCAUUUUGGACGCUGGGGUGUCAUGGGAAGAAACUUCCUGCAGAAACUAGCAAAGAAAUCAUGUGACGAAAUUGGUAGACCAAACGCUGCAGAGUUCCUUGACUUUUGGCGAAAAAGAUUCUCCCUUCAGCUGCAAAAAUGCAAUGCCAAAGUCAUACUGAGGAAGAUGGCAAGCUUGUCAAGUGACACAAGUAGCGCUAAGUACUCAACCCAGUUCUUUAGCCACUAGGCUGACCUGGGUUAUCUUUUAAGUUAAGUUGUUACUGUUUUUAGUGCUUUUUCCUGUGUACUGUAGCACCUAAAACAUUAUGUCAUUGCCUAGCACUCUUUGUAUGAUAGAUGAAUGUUUGAAAAUAUAUGUGACAGACAGACAGACAGACAGACA